GCAAAAUCUAGACAAAGAAUGAAAGGAGCUGGAGGAGAGAUUGUUCAAGUCCAAGGAGGCCACAUUGUUAGGUCUACUGGGCGUAAAGAUCGACACAGCAAAGUUUACACUUCUAAAGGUCCAAGGGACCGCAGGGUCAGGCUUUCUGCCCAUACGGCAAUACAAUUCUAUGAUGUUCAAGAUCGGUUAGGCUAUGACCGACCCAGCAAAGCUGUUGAUUGGCUCAUCAAGAAGGCCAAGUCUGCCAUUGACAAGCUUGCUGAGCUUCCACCAUGGCACCCAACAGCAAAUGAUGCUAAUGGAAUGAUGGAGACAGACCACAAUGCUGGGUCUAGUGAAAUGGCAAUUGCAGAGCAAUCAGAAUCAUCUGGUUAUAGUUUCCAGCUUCAUAGACAAUUGGCAGAUAAUCCAAGUAAUGAUUCCUCCUUUAUUACACCUCCUAUAGAUCCUGAUACCAUGAAAUCUUUGUUUCCGACAAGCUCCACAACUUCAACAAUGAACUUUCAGGGAUACCCACCUGAAAUUAUCUCAAGAACCACUAACCAUAGUGAAGAUCUUGGCCUAUCUCUUCACCCUUUCCAAGACCAAGAUCUAAUUCAUGGGCAAUCACAAGCAGAUACAAGCCAUACACCUUCAAAUGAUCAGAAUCUUUUUGGUGGUUCAGCACCAGUGGGAUAUGAAGCUAAUUUCCAGAGAAUGAUGGCUUGGAGCAAUAACACAGGUACUGAGAAUAGAACUGAUGGGGGUUUUGGAUUCAAUCCACCACAAAUGCCACCACAACAAACAUUGCUAGAGCAAGAAUCAGCAUUCUCUCAGAGGGGACCCCUUCAGUCCAGUUUUGCACAAACUAUUCGUGCUUGGAAUGAUCUUACUAUGGCGUCUGCAAACCACCAUAGAGCACAGGAAAUUCAUCAGUCUUUUAUUUUUGGCAGCAGGUUUGCAUCAGAGGGAUUGCCAGGUUUUAGCAUUCCAGUGCGAAUUCAUGGCGAAGAAGAGCAAACUGUUGUUUCAGAUAGGCCAUCCUCUUCUUCUCCCAAUUCUCAGCAUUGAUUAAAGAACUCAACUCCUUGCCUAUCCACAAGCAUAUUAUAGAAUCAACAAGCAGCCAUGGUGGAUUAUGAUCAAACUGAAGAUGAAGUAUCAGAGAUACCAUUGAAGUCAAUGGAAAGAAACUCUGGUUGGAUUCACCACUUCUUUUUUUAUUUUUUUCUACUUUUCUUUAUAUAUGUUUAACGGAUUCCAUACUUAUUCCAUAUAGAGCUCUUAUUAUUUGUUUAGGGCAUUGAAUGGGCUCUUUUGGCUCUACUUUGAUAUAUGUUUGAUUGGUGUUGCUAGAUUUGGAUUCUGAUAUUAUAACUCUUUCUUUCUUUGUUGUUA